UCUCUCCCUCCCAUCCUCUCGCUGUCUCUGUCUGUCCCCCCCCACCCUGUCUCUCCCUCCCUCCCUCCCUCCCUCCCUCCCUCCUUCUCUCUUACUCGGAGACAGUCAGAACUCUCCUCCCUGACAGCCACAAACCUACAGCACUGACUGCCUUCCGAGAGGGAACCUGCAAACAAAACUUCACAGAAAACUUUUUGUUCUUGUUCCAGAGAAUUUGCUGAAGAGGAGAAGGGGGAAAAAAAUAAAAAAUAAAAAAAAAAAGAAAGAGAGAGAGAAAGAAAAAAAAAACCAACACAACACAACAACAACAACAAAACCUGUGCGCGAGGGGGGAGGAAAAGCAGGGCCUUUUAAAAAGGCAAUCACAACAACUUUUGCUGCCAGGAUGCCCUUGCUUUGGCUGCGAGGAUUUCUGUUGGCGAGUUGCUGGAUUAUAGUGAAGAGCUCCCCCACCCCGGGAUCCGAGGGGCACGGCGCGGCCCCCGACUGCCCGUCCUGCGCGCUGGCCGCCCUCCCAAAGGACGUGCCCAACUCUCAGCCGGAGAUGGUGGAGGCCGUCAAGAAGCACAUUCUGAACAUGCUGCACUUGAAGAAGAGACCCGAAGUCACGCAGCCGGUGCCCAAGGCGGCGCUUCUGAACGCCAUCCGAAAGCUCCAUGUGGGCAAAGUGGGGGAGAACGGGUACGUGGAGAUAGAGGAUGACAUCGGCAGGAGGGCAGAAAUGAAUGAACUCAUGGAGCAGACCUCGGAGAUCAUCACGUUCGCGGAAUCAGGCACAGCCAGGAAAACGCUACACUUUGAGAUUUCCAAAGAAGGCAGUGACCUGUCCGUGGUGGAGCGAGCCGAAGUCUGGCUCUUCCUCAAAGUCCCCAAGGCCAACAGGACCAGGACCAAAGUCACCAUCCGGCUCUUGCAGAAGCACCCGCAGGGCAGCGCGGACGCAGGGGAGGACGCCGAGGAGAUGGGCUUCGCGGAGGAGAGGAACGAAGUGUUGAUAUCGGAAAAGGUGGUGGACGCGCGCAAGAGCACCUGGCACAUCUUCCCGGUGUCCAGCAGCAUCCAGCGGUUGCUGGACCAGGGCAGGAGCUCCCUGGACGUUCGGAUUGCCUGCGAGCAGUGCCAUGAGACGGGCGCCAGCCUGGUGCUCCUGGGCAAGAAGAAGAAGAAGGAGGAGGAGGGGGAGGGGAAGAAGAAGGACGGAGCAGACGGAGGGGCAGGGGGGGACGAGGACAAGGAGCAGUCCCACAGACCUUUCCUCAUGCUGCAGGCCCGCCAGUCGGAAGACCACCCCCACCGGCGGCGGCGGCGGGGCCUGGAGUGCGACGGCAAGGUCAACAUCUGCUGUAAGAAACAGUUCUUUGUCAGCUUCAAGGACAUCGGCUGGAACGACUGGAUCAUCGCUCCCUCCGGCUAUCACGCCAACUACUGCGAGGGCGAGUGCCCGAGCCACAUAGCGGGCACGUCGGGGUCCUCGCUCUCCUUCCACUCGACCGUCAUCAACCACUACCGAAUGCGGGGGCACAGCCCGUUCGCCAACCUCAAGUCGUGCUGUGUGCCCACCAAGCUGAGACCCAUGUCCAUGCUGUACUAUGACGAUGGGCAGAACAUCAUCAAGAAGGACAUUCAGAACAUGAUAGUGGAGGAGUGCGGGUGCUCAUAGAGCGCCCGGCCCCGGGGGACGGGGAGUCAGAGCGGUCCAGAGAAGACAGUGGCAAGAUGAAGAAAUGUUUAAGGUUUCUGAGUUAAACAAGCAAAAAAAAAAAAAAAAAAAAAA